AUGGAGAGAGAUUUCUUGGGUUUGAACUCAAAGGAGCCAGUGGUUGUGGUGAAGGAGGAGACCAACAACGAUGGCGGCAAAGACCCAGGGUAUGGAAGAGGUGGAAGGGCACAUUGGCCCUUUCUAAGCCAGGUCUCUGCAGUUCCUCAGUUUAUGUCCUUCAAAGCUGCUCAAGAUGAUAGGACUAAAAAAAUGGUACCUGAUUCAUUCUUGUCUUCCGUCUCUGCGGGUGCAUUUGACCCUUGUCAAAAACAAACUACAUGUGAAUCUCAGAAGAACUUCAAUCACGAUAGGCAAGGUGGGAUUCAUUUUUCUCUGACAGCUUAUCCUAGGCAACGUUAUAUGCAUUCUGUGCACCGUCCUCAUGACACAAAGAUGAUUUCAACCAGUCAAGGGAUUUCUGUUCCAAUGAGCAACCCUUACUUGAAGAAUCACUUUACUACUACUGGUCAGAAUUUUUCCACAACUACCAUGAAGCAUACGGCUCCACCUUCAGCUCUUCCCGUUACAGGUGGUUCCAUUGCUGGGAUCACUGAGCCGUGGAACAAUGUCAAGACCUCUGGGUCACCUUCACAAUUGACAAUCUUUUACGCUGGUACUGUGAAUGUCUAUGAUGAUAUCUCCCCUGAGAAGGCUCAGGCACUGAUGCUUUUGGCUGGAAACAGUUGUUCUAACUCCUCUAGUGCUGCACAGCCCAAAGCUCAAGCACCGAGUGCAAAGUUGGCAGCGGAAGACGGUGUUCCUGUGAAUCAGCGUACAAAUAUACCCCCACCUGCUCUUUCUAGCCCCUUAUCAUCUGUUUCUUCACAUACUGGUUCCCAGUCAGUAAGUGGGUCCUCCAGCACUGAUGAACUAAUGUCAGCUAGAACGACCGGACGUCCAACCAGUCCUGUUAACAAAAUGGAGGCUCCAGAAACAGCAAAUGCAGUUCGAUCUGUUGCUGCGACUUCUAUGAUUCCUUCUGCUGUUCCACAGGCUCGCAAAGCAUCCUUGGCUCGAUUUUUAGAGAAGCGCAAGGAAAGGUGA